AUGUCUCAGAUCCUCUUCGUGAAGACGAAGAGUGUGCUCAUGGUGCGCAUGUACCCCUCGCGCUUCCCGAGGCGGGAUCUUCCGGACGUAGCGCUGCUGUUCAGCGACACGCUGAACAAGGAGAUCUCGGAGCUGAACCCCGGGGACUGGGUGGAGUUCGAGGCGACGAUGACGCUCCACGGCUACCGCGGAGAUCCCGAGCUCAUGACCCUCUGGCACAUCAAGAAAGUGGAGCGCCCCACGCCUCUCUCGAGCUCGGCAAAUUCAGGACGUGCGAAGCUGGAAAUAGAGGAUCCACAGAAGGCGGAUCCCUUCCACGCUCGAGCGGAGGAGAUUCCGACGCCGAAGCAGCCCGCAGAGCCACCGGCCAAACCUUCUGCAGCACCACCUGCAGAGCCACCGGCAGAGCCACCAGCUGAGCAGCCUGCGCCGCCACCAGCAGAGCCACCAGCCCAGCCUGCGGCGCCAGCCGAACAGCCCUCCGAAGAGCCAGUGGCGCCGCCGGCAGAGCCACCAGCCGAGCAACCCGUGGCGCCGCCGGCAGAACCACCAGCCGAACAGCCGGCAGAGCCUGCUGAAGUGGCCCAAGUGAAGGCAGAGUCGCCAUGA